UCUUGGCAGUCCAUGGUUCUGUGAGAAUUCUAGCCCUCCAUGUCUCUGAAAACGGUUCUGUCGCUGUUGGCCGCCUUCCAGGCUGUUAGGGCCGACUUCUCGCACCCGCUGCACUUCAAGAAGGUCGAUGCCGUAGCUGCAAAGAGCGUAGCUGCAGCAAAGGGGCGGGUGGCCGCGGCAUCAGGCAAUCUGGUUGCUGACCAGGGCUUCUGGUUCUCCAACUUCACCAUCGGUGGCAGCCCCAACCUGGAGAUCCUGAUCGAUACCGGCUCCUCUGACGCUAUUCUAAACCCCGGCAUCUACAAGCCCGGCCCCAAUUCGGUGAACACCAACACGCCCUUCAGCAUCUCCUAUGCCACGACCAACCCCGAUGGAUCUGGAACACUUUCUGCGUCGGGCAAAGUCUACCAGGAUGUCAUCACCCAACACGACGCCAAUCUGACCGUCUCGCAACAGUAUCUUGGAGUUGUCACCAACCCCAAGUCGCCGCCCACGUUUCCCCACGACGGCCUCAUUGGCUACGCAGGCAUCGACAGCAGCGCCCUCAACCAAACGCCCUUUUUCCAGAGCUUGUGCGACCAAGGUUCGCUGUCGUCCUGCCGCUUCGGGCUGGCACUCAAUGCCGACGAGACCGGCACGCUUUACUACGGCACUGUCGCGACGGAUCAGUUCAGCGGCGACUUGGUCUCCGUGUCGGCCAGCGACGAGUGGAUCGUCACCGGCGAUGUCACAGUGAAUGGCAGGGCGGUCCGCACCAGCGUCUCCAUCAUCACAGAUUCCGGCACGACUGUCAUUUUCGGGCCCACUUCGCAGGUCAAGACAUUGUUCCAGCAGGCCGGCAUCCAGGCGGUGCAGACCAGCAACGGCAUCACUGGCUACUACGCCUGCAAUGCGCCGCCCACCAUCGGACUGGCAUUCAAUGGCCACAACUUCAACAUUUUGCCCGCAGCCCUUGCGUUCAGCCAGAAUGGCAACAACUGCACGGCGAGCAUCCACGGGACAUCUGCGUUUGGCAACCAGUGGCUGGUUGGACAGGCGUUCUUCCAGGGUAAAUACAUUGACCACAAUGUGGAUGAUGGGACAAUGGGCUUUGCCACAUUGCUGUAGUCGUGAUUAUUUAUGAGAAUACGAAUAAGAUAGUUACCAUAUGUAACUAUUCACGUGCAAAUGAACAACUUGGUGCCAUGGCGGUAUAUACUCGAUGAGAGAUAGCUAUGUAUAUAAAUGCAUAUUGAUGUAAAUGCAAGCCACAGAAAAUUAACAACAGGGCAACUUACGAGGUAUAGAGAGGAUACGUCAUACGUGCUUGCACUCCUCGUUUGUCAUGCGGUGUCGUUUGCUAGUGAUGGCUAUGCUACAUGCGCGAAGGAUUCUUGAAACUACUUUAGCUUUGUACGGCGUCAGUCAUUGGUCUUGAGACCCACGAAGGUGUAUAAAGCCGAUUUAUACGGG